AUGAUAAUAAGAAAAAAGUCCUUAAAUGGAAUGCCACAUGAGAAGGGAAAGUUGAAUGAGAAAAAACUUCAGAAUAUUACAAUAAAGAAUUAUGAAAUAACAAAUGAUGAAAGUAAGAAAGCAUUUUUUGACUAUUACAGUUGUAUAUAUCCAUUUAAUAUGCCUAUCAGUUUAUAUAAGUAUCCUCCCAUAUUUGGUUAUUGUAGUUUAAGUGAUUUUCAAGAGAUUGGAGCAAAAAGGUUAGCAUUGUUACAAUUUUUAGAUACAUGUACUAUAUCAGGAGAUGAUGAGAGAGAACAAUAUAAUAAUUCAAGAAAAGGUGAAAAGAAUUAUUCUUUAAAUAAUACAACAGAUAAUAAGAAUAAAAUAAUAAGACAGAAGAUUUAUGAAUAUAAAUUUGGUAUACAAUCUAUGAAAGAUUAUAAUAAAGAAGAAAUGGAAAAUAUUAUUAUGACAGAUUUAUUAUCUCAUUAUAUAUUAAGAAUAGCAUUUUCAAAAGAUAAAGAAAAACAACAAUGGUUUUUAAAACAAGAAUUAAAAUUAUUUACCUUUAGAUUAAAUGAAUUGAAAAAUAUUAAUGUUUUAAAUUCACAAAAUAUAAGUGAAAGUGAAAGAGGUUUAGUACAUUUAUUAAAACGAGAAAAUAUUCAUUACGAAUCUAUAUCAAAACCAUCCAUAUCAUAUGGUAAUAAAAAUGAGGAAUGGGAAAAAUAUACAGAAUUUAUUCCUAAUAAAGAUACUAUACAGAAAUUAUUUAAAGUCCCAUUUUAUCCUGAUGCUUAUUUCUUAGUAAGAGAUCAUAAAGUAGUUGUUGAAAAAGGUAUAGCAUAUGUGCCAGAUAUAUAUUUAGAUAUUAUAUUGACAGUACAAUUCAAAUUAAAUAUAAAAGAAUCAUUUAAAUAUCUAGAUCAUAAUGAAAAAAUGCUUUUAAAAAUUCAAAACGAUCCAAGAAUUUCUACUUUCUUAUCAUCGUUACCUAAAGCAUAUGUAGCCAAAGAUUUCAGGCAAAAUUAUGAGCAUACACAAGAUACUAGAUUGUCACCUCAAAACCUUUAUAGUGUAUAUAAACAAUCUUUUCCACCAUGUAUGAGACGUAUAUUUGUUAAUUAUAUCAAAGAUAAACAUUUAAAACAUUGGGGAAGACAACAAUUAUGGUUAUUUCUAAAAGGUGCAGGUAUGACACUAGAUGAAAAUAUACAAACUAAUAGAUCUAUAUGGUUACAACCUGAUAAAUUUGAUAAAGAACAUAGAUAUAAUAUAAGAUAUAUGUAUGGUAAAGAAGGUAAAAAAACAGAUUUUAGUCCAUAUAACUGUUCUAAAAUUAUAAAUAACUUUCCUGUACCAUCUUCAAAUGAUAUACAUGGUUGUCCUUUUAAAAAUUUUGAUGAGUCUCAUCUUAAAAGUCUUCUUUAUUUUUUUGGACUAAGUGAUGAACAAAUUAAAUCUAUUAUGCCUCUAAAAAAAAAUAAUGAAUACCAAAUGGCAUGUGUAAAAUUCUUUAUGGAAACACACCCAGGAUCUGUUGGUGAUGGGGUUGGAAACCAUCCUAAUUCAUACUACGUGGAGAGUAGAAAGUAUUAUAAAUCCAAAACAUCAGGAUCCGAAAAAGUAACAAAUUGA